AUGUUGCUCUCCGCUGAGGGCUUAUUGAAGUUUCUCAGCCAGCAGCAUCGCUGCUACGAGGUCUUUGAGCAGAUCUCGUUGGCCGAGACAGCGAGCGGAGCGGCUCCCUCGUCAAGGCGUGUAUUUCGCGGCUCUGUCAUUGUUCCGGAAGCAGGCAAUGACAGCGCUGGUGGCGGCGGCAUCACCCGCGUGAUCCCGACAGCUACAGCGGUUGUGCGCACGCCAUCCCCGCAGCUCUUGCAGCUCCCCUGGUCACCGUCUCAGCCGCAGGCGUCGGCUCCAACCCAAGAGCACGGCACUAUGUAUGUGUGCGAGCUGCCGGCGGACACGUGGGGCUCGAUUUGUGCCGUUACUGCCACGUCGGCGCCGUCGCAUCAGCAGCUCGCCUUCGCCAACGAAGCUUCAGCUUUCUGCGCCUCACGAAAUCCUAGCUUUGCGGACGCCGGGGACCACACAGCCAGAGAGAGUUCAGUGCAGGCGUCGCCAGCGACCGCUAUGGUCACUGCCACCAACACCCUUGACCACACGGGGCAUGCAGAGGAGAUGCACGAGGAGCCGGAAAGGCUCAGCGACCAUGACAGGAACGUGCCCAUCUCAGAUCUAGGUGCAGGCUCGGUGACUGCAGUGGAGGGCAUUCAGCUACCACAGCUGUCUUCACCAACACGGCAGUGCGCCAUGGAGUUGCCCGCAUCUCCGCAGGCGCUGCAGACUUCCGGAGAGGACUUGAGGAGCACAUUGAAUGUGACACCGGUGGGAUGCAGAGGGGCGGACGCGAGCUCGACUCCGCCGCAGUCGCCGCAGAGUCAACCACUGGGCGCAGCCGCUGCCGAAGCUUCUGUAGAGAAGCAGAAAGAUACCGUCACCGUUCUCCUGUGGGUUGCAGGUGAUGCUGCUGGUACAGGGGCGGUCGACAGCACGGACAUGGGGCACGCGGGGGACGUACCCAACACGCCAGCUGCGGCACCACUUGCCACGCCAUCGCACCACCGCGAUCCACAGGGCUUGACUUCGACCGCCGCUGCCGCAGGCACCCCGGCAGAAAACACCGAAGGCAUUGCCGGCAGCAGCACAAAGCUGCCACGGUGCCUCUGCUUCGCUGUACGCGAUAUCCGUGAGGCGGAGAGCAACGACACCGACAUGUUGACGCCACGAGAUCGUCGCGUGCAGAUGCUGACGCUGCAACUAGAGUCGGGCGCGGCUGCCUAUGCAGCGAAAUGCCCGUCGGAUGCUUUUGUGCGUAUUGGCAGCGACUCACGAGGGUGCGCGCUCGCGUCACCGUCGGGGAUGGGCAGUGGUGCUGUCGCCCUCUCAUCGCGCUGCUCUGCACCGACAAUGUCUUUUUCCUUUGUGUUCCACAAAGGCGGCAUCACGCGGUGCAUGGCAGCACUGCGGCAGCACUCGCCUGGGCUCGUCUAUGCGUGCCGUGGCGGCCGCAAUAACUCGUCUCUGCUCCUUCUGGAUGGCGCGAGUGGAGCUGCAGGUGCCGACGGAAUCAGCUCCUCGUCGCCGUCACGAAUCCGAGGUGCCGCGAAUCUAUCCGAGCUGCCGACGUCACACGGGGUGCACCGAUUCGGCAGCGUGCAUCUGGGGCUUCCGCUAUCACCAGCAAGGAGAAGCACGAGCGGCGCUGGCGCCCCGCGAACGCAGCCGCCAGAAGGCGGGGUCCACGGCUGGCGCAAGCGGCUCUCCACCCGUACGCUCUUCCGUAGUGGCGCCCGCGGCGUGGGUGGCCUGGUCUCGCAGUACACUUCCAACUUGCGCUACGAAGCCAUGGACGCGAUGGCGCCGCACUGGGCAUCCGCGUUGACGAGGUUCGAGCAGGAGGCAGGCCACACGGAUGAUCGUCGUGGCAGUGGAGACAGAAGAGUCAGCAGCGACACACGCGCAUGGGCAUUGACGACGAACUCGGCGGAGGAAAUGCAGGACUUUUCCAGCGCCUCCUCUUUUGAGGAUCUCACGGACGAGAUGACGGCGAUACGGCUUGGCGCAUGCUACUCUCCUCCCCGGCCGGUGCUCCCACUGGACGGCGGCGGAAGCCGCGCACCGUCGCCGGUCACCGCGGCGGACUGGGUGCGCGCCUUCGACGUCUCUCCGGGGACGCAGCGCCAUUCGCACCAGCACGAGGACGUACUGGAGAGCCACGCCACGCACAGUGCGACCUCGGCAGCCUUGCCGCCUCAGAAACGGAGGCUGAACGCGGACCGCUGGCGUGUCUUCCGUCAAGCUGUGUACGAGCGGGGAGGACUGGGGGACAGCAGCGUCCGCUUCGAGGUCUGGUGCUACCUGCUCGGAGCCUACGCGGUAGGCUCGACGGAGGCCGAGCGAGCCGAGGUGCUCCGAAACGACGAGGCGCUCUACACGCGCCUCACCUCACAGUGGAAAUCCUUUCUGCCUGAGCAGGAGGCGCACUUCGCCACGUACCGGUACGCCAAGCAAUCCAUCGUGAAAGAUGUACAGAGGACCGACCGGACGCACCCGGCCUUUCGCGAGGAUGACUCCGAGAUGCUCCGCGUGCUGCAGGAGCUCUUGCUGGCUCAUGUGAUGCUGGACAUGGAUCUUGGCUACAGCCAAGGCAUGAGCGAUGUGGCCGCGGUGGUGUUGCUUGCCGCGUUGCCCUCGCUGUCCCCAGCACCACAUCUGUCGCCGGCGUCUGAGGCUUCCAUGUUCAUGUGCUUCCGCAAGAUACUGACUGAGCACAUGUCGGCGAACUUUGUCAUUGAGGGGCGCACGGCGGGCGCGCCGUACGAGUCUGUGAAGGGGCUGCAGCGGAAGCUGUACCAGGCACAGGUGCUGACGCGACACUUCCAUCCGGGCUUGUACACGCAUCUCAAGACGAAUUGCAUGGCCGAUGACAUGUUCUUCUGCUUCCGCUGGAUACUGGUCUGCUUCAAGCGCGAUCUGCCGAGCAUCGAGGACACGAUGCGCUUCUGGGAUGUGCUCUUCGCUUGCCCAUACACCACGUCGUACGAAGUGGUCGUCACGGUGGCGUUGCUCGGCGCGCUCGCCGCACAGAUUAUAACUCAUAUACAAACGUACGAGACGCUCCUACAGUUUGCGAACGGGCUGAGCAGGGAGAUAAGCCUUGACCAGAUUCUCGUGUGCGCGCGGGCGUUCUACGAGAACGUCUGCGUCGCCGAGGCACGCGAGCUGCGCCGUCGUCUGCGUCUGCAGGCCGCGGAGGCCGCCGCAAAGGCAAGACGCGGUGCGGCAGCCGGCGGCGUUGGUGAGCCCCUCCCUGGCUGGUAUGCUGGUCCACACAGCAAGGAAGCGGCAGCCGCAGCGGCCGUGCCAGCUGGGAAGGUCGACGAUGACGACGAUGAGCCCGACUACUUCCCAAGCGUCGAGGACAUGGUCGCACUGUUUCUCAAGACGGACGGACCUCUUUGA